UAUAUCCAAAGAAGAUGUAAGAAAACAAAACCCAACAAACAAACAAACCAGAAAAAUGGAGCUUCGUGAACUCGGAAGAACCGGACUGAAGCUCAGCACAGUCGGGUUCGGAGCCUCCCCUCUCGGCAACGUCUUCGGCACCGUCCCCGAAGAACAAGCCAUCGCCUCCGUUCGCUUCGCCUUCCAAUCCGGCAUCAACUUCUUCGACACUUCACCAUUCUACGGUGGAACACUAUCAGAAACAGUGCUGGGAAAAGCACUGAAAGCGUUGAAUGUUCCGCGAAGCGAUUACAUUGUAGCAACGAAAUGCGGAAGGUACAAAGAGGGGUUCGAUUUCAGCGCAGAAAGGGUCACCAAAAGUGUCGAAGAAAGCUUGGAGAGGUUGCAGCUUGAUUAUGUUGACAUUCUUCAAUGCCAUGACAUUGAAUUCGGAUCGUUGAACCAGAUUGUUGAGGAGACGAUUCCGGCGCUGCAGAAAUUGAAGGAAGCUGGGAAGACUAGGUUCAUUGGCAUUACUGGGCUUCCUUUGGAGAUUUACAGUUAUGUGCUGGAUAGGGUUCCGCCGGGAACCCUGGAUGUGGUGUUGUCGUAUUGUCAUCAUUGUAUAAACGACACGACGUUGGAGGAUUUAGUGCCGUAUCUGAAGUCCAAAGGUGUUGGUGUUAUCAAUGCUUCUCCUCUGGCAAUGGGCCUGCUAACUGAGGCUGGGCCUCCCGAGUGGCAUCCGGCUUCGGCAGAACUCAAGUCUGCGUGUCAAGCUGCUGCAACCCAUUGUAAAGAGAAGGGAAAGAACAUUUCAAAGUUAGCACUGCAGUACAGCUUGGUAAAUAAGGAUAUCACAUCGGUGCUUGUUGGCAUGAGAUCUGUUGAACAGGUGGAGGAAAAUGUUGCUGCCGCAAGGGAACUUGCAGCUUCUGGAAUAGAUGAAGAGACUCUAUCAGAAGUUGAAAACAUUCUAAAGCCUGUUAAAAAUCAGUCAUGGCCUAGUGGAAUCCAGCAGAGCUGACUUUUUUAAUUCUACUGCUUUGUAUUCCUUAUGAAGGAAUGCAGUGUGCCCAUUUCUGUUAAGAAUGUUCUUUACUCAAUAAGAGAAGUUACUCUCGAAGCUAUUAAGAUCUACUAUCCAAUUUUAUUUUGCUUAUCUUGUAGGGUGCAUUCAAUAAAUUUCUUACUCAGUGAAGUUUCAA